AUGGCCAAUCCUCCAGUUAAACGGCAUUUGAAUUCGACGUCUGAUCCCCGUGAUCUGGACUUUUUGACUUACCGUACAGGUGAACAUCUACGCAGAUUUGAAGUUCACCUAGACGCUCUGAAAGCCGCCUAUACCUUGUCGAGAGCCUACCAAGGUGUCCUUGACAGAGGCGAGAUAUUUGCACGACGUUUCGGAGCCAAACUGAAAGCUGACGCGCUGGAGGAAACUAUAAGACGAGCAUUUACAAGUGAGAGUCCUCAGUUGGAAGACCUCAACAAUGCUGAAGGUGGAGACUUCAACCUUAGCUGGCUGCACGUUGUUCGAGACGUUAAUCCCGAAGAAAUUCAGAGAAAGCCCGACGGCACUUACCAGUGUGUCACGCGAGGGUUGAUGAUCAAGCUGUCGGAGUCCGAUUGUGCGGCCUUACAAACCGGUCUUCUUCAAAAACUAGCCAUCCCAUGGCCGCAUCAAGACGACGUCCAGGUUGAAUUAGACACAGUUGCUUCUAUCGUCGCAGAUUUGACUAGAUGGGAUCAGAUUGCACUACAGAUCAUUGACCGGAACCAUCACAUUGUUGAGUUGCUGAACGAACGCACUGAGAUGCUCAAACUUCUUCGACAGGAGUCCCUACGCCAAUGUGUACCUUCAUGCAACCGUACGCCUGCUAUAAUGGAAGCCCCUGAGUUACAAUUCGACAUGAUUCUAGAACAGCCGACGCUGGAUCAAGAAGAUGUAAGCAUCGGUGAUGCUGACCAGGAUGGACAUACAACAGACAUUUCACACGUACACGAUAUCUUUCACAUCAGCCGCGUCAAUCAACCGCAGAGGUGUCCUGGCGACGUACAACUCGUAUCUUCAGAAUUGCAAUGCAUUAUAUCUUCUCCCGAGGCCAGUCUGGUUCCUUGGACGUUGGAAGAAGAGUCCCGUUUAUUGCCUUGGUUGAGCGCUCACCAAGAUUUGGACUGGCCGGAAAAGGUGAAGGAGUAUCUUCGCCAGUUUGGCAUUUUCCGCUCAGUAAGAACCAUACAAAGGAAAAUGCGUCAAUUGGAAAACCGAGAAUUGCGCAGCACAAGGAGGGCUCAAAAGCGUCAGAAUCAGCAGAGUGGUGCGCCGGUGAUGCCACUUCCUAUACGCCGUAACGCUGGAACAAGUCCACAAUUGCAGACGGCAACUCCACAAUCCAUAGGGACACCUCGGCAUACAGCAUCCGUCGAUUUGCGAGCCGAAAGGCAUCACGAUGAUCGACCAGGGCCAUAUCAUGCUGCGAGUACACGAACACAACCGAUGAGCUUGGCAUUCUCUCCAGUCCACCCCGUCACUGCUCAAAGAGUACGAGAACGGCAUUUGGCUAUCCGAGACCUCUGUUUGAGUGAGGCAUCUAAUACCCAGCCUGCAAGAUGCACUGGCUCACAAGGUCAACCCGGGCUGUAUCCCUCGGAAUCGUCUGCGUUGCCUGUCGAGUCCCUGGAUUAG